AUGAACAAAGUUUUGAAAUCUCAUAAACACAACAUCUCCGAUAUAAAUGAACUUCAAACUUCUUUAGACAGUAAAGCUGACAAGAACCAUACACAUAAAUCCUUCACUACUGUUAGAGCAGACGACAUAAUAUUGAACUUUGACCUUGGUUCAAGUGCACCAUUAGAAAAUCCAAGUACAAGCGUAAAAGAUACUCUUAACAAUUUAGAUAACAGUUGCAGGAACAUUGAAAGUCAUGCCAGAAACUUUGAAGCAUAUGAACUACCAACAAUGUUAGAUAAGAAAGCAGACAAGAACCAUACACAUAAAUCCUUCACUACUGUUAGAGCAGACGACAUAAUAUUGAACUUUGACCUUGGUUCAAGUGCACCAUUAGAGAAUCCAAGCACAAGCGUAAAAGAUACUCUUAACAAUUUAGAUAAGAGUUGCAGGAAUACCGAAGAUCAUGCCAGAAACUUUGAAGCAUAUGAACUACCAGCAAUGUUAGAUAAGAAAGCUGACAAAACUUAUGUGGAUGCAGAACUAACAAAGAAAUUUUCGAAACCAGAUACAAUGACAUUUACAACAGAAAUUAUAAAUGGUGAACCAUCAACUCCAUUUGAAUUUGUUAGAGGUCUUCAACCAGAUACUUUUGAAUUUUUCUUGGAUAAUUCUAUUGAACUAACAUUACAUUAUAAAAGUGGAACAAAUGCAACAUUUCAUCCGGGAGAUACAUUCCAAAUGGUAUUUAAUGACAUAAGUUCUUUAGAAUAUGUUUAUAGAGUUAUGAGCAUAUAUGAUUUAAUAUAUCCUAUAGGAGCUGUUUAUACGUCUAUGAAUCCAAUAAAUCCAAACACUUUAUUUGGUGGUAGAUGGUAUGAAAUAGUUGACAGUUUUCCAUUCUACACUAAUACGCAGUCAAUGAAGAUGGGAGGUUCAAAGAAAAUAGGUAUUGAAAACCUUCCUUCACAUAUGCAUAGGUUCAGUGGAAGAACAUCUGUGGAAGGAAACCAUUCACAUUCAAUAACAAAAAGAGGUUAUACAAAUCUUGCAGCGG